UCUUUUCUUUUUUUUUUUUUUUAACUUUUGUAGCAAUUUACCUAACCAUUUUCUAAUGUUUGUUCAAGUAAGAUGACAUAUUCGGUUGGUGAGGCGGGUUAAAAGGCCCUCUUACCGUGGUUAUAAGCAACCAACCCUCUUUGAAGCAACAAGCGAAUCAGUUCUCACAACUAUUAUUAUUCUGAAAUAAAUUCAAAGAAUACAUACAAUCAAUCAAUCAGAAAAGAAAAGAAAACAUGAAUCGAAGAACAUCUUCGUAUGUUGCAUCGUCUCUCAUCAUCACCGCUCUUCUACUUUUCGCUUUUUGCGAAUUGGGAUUUUGCAGAGUUGAAAAGAGUUUAUUUAUGGGCAGAAUCCGUGAUCUUCCGGAUCCUACCCAAAACGGCGUCGAAUUAGAAUCUCUCGCACGUUUCGCUGUUGAAGAACACAACAAAAAAGAGAACUCUCUUCUGAAGUUUGGUAGAUUGGUAAAGACGAGAGAGCAGGUGGUUGCUGGUAAAAUGUACUAUUUUACUCUGGAGGCAAAUGAUGCAGCAGCAGGCAAGACUAAAGUAUACGAGGCUAAAGUUUGGGUGAAACCUUGGAUGAACUUCAAGCAGUUGCAAGAGUUUAAGGUUUCUGAUGAACAAAAUGCGUAGAAGUUUGUGAUGAGGAAGGAAGGUAUGCAUGCAUGUACUUUAAUUGUUUGAUAAACCAUAAACGGCUAGUUAAUGCAAAUAAGGUUCGGAUUUGGGUUUAUGUAAUGCAAUAUGAUGUAACCUGGUUCACUUGAUCUUCAUCUAUUCCUACUUACUUCUGCA